AUGAUUGAGAGUCACUCCAAACUCCGAGCGACAAACCUCGUCACCCGUCGAGGCGGCAACUGCCCCAACUCUCUCGAGGUGCUUCAGCAGCUCCUCCUCCUCCAUGACCCCUCCGUCGCUGCUGUGAGACCCUACCUGGUGACGUGCCUCCCCGGCAGAUCAACAGCCUCGUCGCGCCGGGUAUUCUCUUCCUUUGACGGUCCGGGCCCGGACGGCAAAUCACCCAUCGACUUCACCCACUGCAUCCAUCGGGAGGGCCGCGUCGAGGCCGCGAGCAGCUAUGCCAUCCGCAGCGCCGAGACGGGGAGUCGUACCCUCGUCAGCUACAAUGAUCUCGACGAUAUGACAGUUGGGGAGUUUGAGCGUGUCGUCCGGUCGUUUGAUCCUAAGCAGUCUACAUGGUGGCAUUUCGAGGGUCGCAUCCCAGACAUCACCCUAGCAUGUAUAAACCUAUUAAGAAGACUACUUCCCGGCGCCAAGAUCAGCGUCGAGGUCGAGAGGCCAGGUCGACUCGGUCUCAUGGAUAUGGCAGCCGAGGCCGACGUUGUCUUCUAUUCACGAACGUGGGCAGAGGAUCAAGGUCACGACUCGGCAGAAGCAUGUCUGAGAAACCAAGAUAUCCCUAAAGCAUCCCUCGCCCUCUGUACAUGGGGAUCAAAAGGAGCCGUCGCUCUGUCUCGGUUCACCGGUCAUGACUCUACAAGUACGAGUACUGCUGGUAUCAUUCACUGUCCCGUCCCAGGCAAUGUGACGACGGUUGUAGACACCCUCGGAGCUGGCGACACCUUCGUCGCCGGAAUGCUGUAUGGGCUGCUGUGCCACGCUGACUGGGACACGGAGCGACAAGUCAACUUUGCCGUCCAUCUGGCCUCGCUUAAAGUUCAACAGGAUGGGUUCGCCCGACUUGGCGACGCGGUGCGUGAGGCUGGAAUUGACUUGACAUGA